AUGGCGGACUCUCCCAGGGAGGGAAAGCUGGCCAGGGCUCCGGCCUUCAUUCAGCUGACUGACAUGGCGUGUGAGUCUAUGGGAGGACAGAUUUUGUUUGCAACAGAUGACUUUUUUGCUCCUGCAGAGAACCUCAUAAAGAGUGACAGCCCAAGUUUUAAAGAACAUGAAUAUACUGAGUUUGGGAAAUGGAUGGAUGGAUGGCAGACCAGAAGGAAAAGGAUUCCAGGUCACGACUGGUGCAUUGUCAGGCUGGGGAUACAAGGGAUUAUCCGGGGCUUCGACGUGGACGUUUCUUACUUCGUGGGAGAUCACCCUCCUCGAAUGUCAAUUCAAGCAGCAUGCUUGGAAGAAGAUAAACAACCAGAGAUCCCACAGAGAGCACUCAGGACAGGAGCCGGGGCCACUCCAGAGGAGUUUGAAGCUAUCGCUGAGUUCAAGUCCGACGACUGGGAUUACUUGGUUCCCAUGACAGAGCUUAAACCAGGAAAGCCUGAUUCCAGCCACAACUAUUUUCCUAUCAAUUCCCAGCAGAGAUGGACUCAUAUAAGACUCAACAUUUACCCAGAUGGCGGAAUUGCACGUCUUAGGGUAUAUGGUACUGGACAAAAAGACUGGGCAAUGACUGACCCCAAAGAACCACUAGACCUAGUGACCAUCGCUUAUGGGGGUGCCUGUGUAGGAUUUAGCAACGCACAUUUUGGGCACCCGAACAAUAUGAUAGGAGUCGGGCAGGCAAAGUCUAUGGCAGAUGGUUGGGAAACUGCAAGAAGGCUGGACAGGCCCCCAAUAUUGGAGAAUGAUGAGAACGGCAUUCUCCUUCUACCGGGCUGUGAAUGGGCAGUUUUCCGAUUGGCACAUCCUGGAGUAAUAACUCAAAUUGAAAUCGAUACUAAAUAUUUUAAAGGCAAUUCUCCUGACAGCUGUAAGCUGGAUGGUUGUAUCCUGACAGCUCAGGAAGAAGAAGACAUGAUCAGGCAGAAGUGGGAUCUUCCCAGCCACAGGUGGAAGCCACUGCUUCCAGUCACCAAGCUAUCUCCGGACGAAAGUCACUUGUUUGACAGCCUAACCCUGGAGCUCCAGGACGUCAUCACUCACGUGAGGUUCACCAUCACUCCGGACGGGGGCGUGAGCCGCCUCCGACUCAAGGGAUUCCCCAGCUCCAUCUGCCUCCUGCGCCCCCGGGAGAGGCCCAUGAUGAGGUUCUCCGUUAAGCUGGGGUUCAAAGCGAACCUAUAACCCCACACAAAACCGUGUGUUGGUUACAUAAUUACUCAUACUCUUCUUUUGAAGUAUUUUGAACACCUGAAGCUUAAGAAGCUUCUAGCAAUUAAUCUGUUUAAGAUCACUAUAAUUCCUGGUGACUUAAUAAAGUGGUCCCUCUC